GUCCUCUGUUUGCUAUUGCUGGUUCUACUGUCGCUUCAUCUCUGGUAACUGCUGCUUCACGUCUACACUCUUGUACGUGCGGAAUAUUGGUUCGACGUACUUCGCUACCAAGCCCUUCUUUUCCUUCGCUAUGCUGUGAGAGCUACCAUACUGUUCAACAUGGAUAUGUCGAUGACAAUGGCAAUGUCCACCACAGCGACAGAUGCCAAGUCAAUGCCCAUCUCCUCAUCGUCUUCCGACAUGAUGAUGGGAGCAGACUCGACGGCCAUGACUUUCUUCGUAUCCACUUCAACGCCUCUUUGGUCAACAUCCUUCACGCCUCAUAAUACCGGAGAGUAUGCGGGGGUUUGCAUAUUCCUGAUCGCGCUUGCGGUCAUGUUUCGGCUGUUGCUUGCGUUUCGAGUCAACUUCUUCACGAUACUUGCCGCUGUGAGGCAGAACCGGUACAAAGGCCUUAUACACUCGCAUACGACUGAAGAGAAGUCGACGGCUCAGCCUUCUAGAGCGGACGAGGCUGUUAUGAUGGCGGCCUUGGAUGUUGUUGUUGCCGGUGUGAGCUAUCUGUUGAUGCUCGCGGUGAUGACUUUCAAUAUGGGGUACUUUCUGUCGAUACUCUGCGGUGUUUUCCUGGGAAGCCUGGUAUGCGGCCGAUAUACUGGCAGUGCCGGCGCGCAUUGAACUGUACUCUUGCGCCUCCGUGUGUGCCCGGUGUUGCAUUUUCGAUCCGACAGACGUAGCUCAAAAAGGUGUGUAUGCGCAUUGUGAGGUUGCUUGCUGUCAGCCUUGAUGUGUUUGUACCAAUAUACGUAUAUCUUACUGUUAGCUAAUGCUUGCGGGAGGGUGCCGACAUCCUCAACCUGUCUAGAAGGAUUGACUUUUCCUAAGCCAAACUCUCUUCAAACGUUGAAUGCCCCAUAUUCUCCCAGAAGUCUGCUCAGAC